AUCUUAAAAGAUAUGAAAAUAUGAAGGAAAAUAAUUAGGAUUUGAUAUGAAGAAUAAAUGCAAAGGUGAAAGAUUUGAUUACAGUACACCCGUGACUAUAUAUUUAGGCAAUCGCGUUGAUUCACGGAUCUGUUAAGCUUGCCUGCCUGUCAUCGUUUUGCUUAUUUCAUUUUUCAACACUUUCCUUGAAUUUAUUUAGUUGCCUGCAACAUCACCCGACAGAGGAAUCUGAAUAUUAGGAUUUAGGAGAAAUAAAACUAGAGCAAAUGGCCAACUGGUGGGAUAGAAGUGGAUCAUAAACUACACUCGACUCCACAAUCCAAUGCCUUUCAUCAGCCAAGGAAAAGCUCUGUUUUUCUGUUUUUAGAAAAAAGGAAGCAACUGCAACUCUGCAAGUCAAGAACAUUUGAACAUGGUUCAGCAAGAAGAAGACAGAGCCUGGUCUAAUAUGUUUGGUCUUAAGGGCUCACAUGAUAACAAAGGAAGACAUGCAAAGAGUUUGAGCAUUGACAGUGCUGUUAAAUUUGAUGGAGCAGCUUUUGAUAACCACUCUAAACCUCAAAGCGACAGGUGUCCCAAGUUGAAUCGAACCUUGGAAGAAAUGACUACUGCCUUCCAAGCCAAAGAAAAGCAGCUUUUAGCUGAUAUGGACCAGAUGAAGGAAAAGUUUGCGAAGUUACUCUUAGGUGAGGAUAUGUCAGGUGGAGGGAAGGGAGUUUCAUCAGCUUUAGCACUGUCUAACGCCAUUACCAACCUUGCUGCUUCCGUUUUUGGUGAGCAAUCCCGCUUAGAGCCUAUGACGCCUGAAAGGAAAUUAAGGUGGAGAAAAGAAAUAGAUUGGAUGUUGUCUGUCGCUGAUCACAUUGUUGAACUUGUUCCUUCCCAACAGAAGGGCAAGGAUGGAUCCAACAUGGAGAUAAUGGUCACAAAGCAACGUAUAGAUCUUCAUAUGAACAUUCCGGCCCUGCGGAAACUUGAUGCAAUGCUGAUUGAUUGUCUAGAUAACUUCAAGGACCAGAAUGAAUUCUAUUAUUUGUCAAAAGAUGCCUCGGACUCAGAGAAAGGAAAACACAAGAGAAAAGAUGAUAAAUGGUGGCUGCCUACCGUUAAAGUUCCCGAAGAUGGACUGUCAGAUAAGAGCAGAAAAAAUCUGCAGAGCCAAAAAGAAUCUGUGACUCAAGUGCUUAAAGCAGCAAUGUCAAUUAAUGCUCAAGUUCUUUCAGAGAUGGAGGUCCCUGAAAACUACAUUGAAGCCCUCCCUAAGAAUGGGAGAGCUAGUCUUGGUGAUUUAGUUUACAGGAGUAUCACAGUUGAAUUCUUUGACCCUGAUCAAUUUCUCUCCUCCCUGGACUUAUCGUCCGAGCACAAGAUUUUAGACCUCAAGAACCGACUUGAGGCAUCGAUAGUCAUAUGGAAGAGGAAGAUGACCCAAAAGGACGGAAAAUCGGGUUGGGGCUCUGGUAUUAGCUUUGAGAAGAGAGAGCUAUUCGAGGAGAGAGCUGAAACCAUCUUACACAUUAUCAAACAUCGGUUCCCUGGACUUCCUCAAUCUUCACUAGACAUCAGUAAAAUCCAAUACAACCGGGAUGUAGGGCAAGCUCUCCUAGAGAGCUAUUCGAGAAUACUGGAGAGCUUGGCCUUUACAGUCUUAUCGAGAAUCGAAGAUGUCCUCCAAGCUGAUAAUAUUACCCAAAAUCCUAAUCCACAGCCAUGCAAACGCAACAGUUUAAAGGACGACAGCCAGCCUAAUUCAGUGUCUACAAGUCCAAGAUAUGAUGUGGAAACAGCGAACGCAAAGACCCUCUCAGAUUUACUUACUUGGACUAUGGAUCAAAAUGACUACGACGAUAGGGUGGACUCAGAUGACGGAUCCAUAGAUGUUGAACCAAGCAUGCAAAAGCUAAACGUAGUGACAAACACUAGCAAGAAGUCCUAUCUUGAGAGCUUGGCCGGAGUAAGAAGCCCUACGGAACGCCAUUAAUGAGGAGACUACAAAAACUGGAAGCAGAUAGAGAAUAGAGAGAGUGUGUAUUAUAGAUACAGGAAUAUUAAGUGUGAGAAAGCUUGACCUUCAGCUAUAGGUUUUUUUCAACCUAAAUGGGAUUACUCUUGACUUGUGGGCUGCUUGUUUCAUUAUGUAUUUUCUAUUCUUCCUUUUGUAAAUAGGGAAGACAACUAAAACUCUGGAGUUUAAAGCCACUCCAUAUAUUAAUACCUUUAGAAACCAAGACAAAAGGUGUUUCUAGAUUCAUAGCCAUUGAAAGAAAUCAUGUUUCUUCAUGGUUGUUUCUUCUAUUUGUUUGUGAAAUUGUACAUUUUGGCAAAUUUUGCUAGAUUUUUCAAACAGUGUAUCACUUACUUGGUAGUGCAGAUCUGCUUUCUGAUAUAUUACAAGAAUUCAGCAUUUAAAUCUACAGUUUGUCCAGAGAAUUAGGCAUUUGUUAAAGCCAAUGGCAAUGGACAUAUUAUUAGUUCUUCAAUGACAGUUCAGAUCAGUAAUCAGAACGGAUGGGAUCGUUGUCAAAGAGAAGAAAUUUUAAAGCUGAAAGCAAUGCACCAGUUAAGCGUGAAACAAAUGUCAUUGGAUCGAUAGCCAAGGUCACAUUUUAGGAUUACAUGUUUGAAAACUGAAACAAGAUACAUACAAUGAAAAGCUUAAAGAGUUUAACUAAAUUAGAUCUUGCCACGCGGCCCAGGCUUGGGUGGGAGUUGCGGACCUUUCUUGAUCGGUAGAAGGUCAUCGGAAGCAGUGGCACUGAGGUAAAGACCGAGGGAACCGCCUCCCAAGAUCAGGAACUUGAGCAACAAUCCUCUCUUGGUAAAUGGAGCUGCAAAUGUCU